UCGAUAUUUGCAUCGAAUUUUCGCCACCUCUACUUCCAUCUCUUAGAGUCGGAAUAACACGAAUAUUUUUGUGAUUAGAUUUUUUAACUUAAAAACAUGGUCGAUGUGGACAAGUGGAUCGAGGUAGUCAAGGAGUGCAAAUACUUGCCCGAGAAUGAACUCAAGAAGCUGUGUGACAUGGUCUGCGACAUCCUGAUUGAGGAGACAAACAUCCUGCCAGUGAGCACGCCCGUCACCGUGUGCGGCGACAUCCACGGACAGUUCUAUGAUCUGGAGCAACUGUUUCGAACUGGCGGUCAAGUUCCGGACACCAAUUACAUAUUUAUGGGAGAUUUUGUGGAUCGGGGAUACUACUCGCUGGAAACGUUUACGCGCCUGCUGACCUUGAAGGCUCGAUACCCCAACCGCAUCACCCUGCUGCGAGGCAACCACGAGACGCGCCAGAUCACCAAGGUGUACGGUUUCUUCGACGAGUGCUUCAGCAAGUAUGGUAACGCCAAUGGAUGGAAGUACUGCUGCAAAGUCUUUGACCUUCUCACCAUAGCCGCUAUUAUCGACGAAGAGGUUCUGUGCGUACACGGCGGCCUGAGUCCCGAGAUCAUCACCCUCGAUCAAAUCCGGACCAUAGAACGCAACGGUGAGAUACCGUAUAAGGGUGCCUUCUGCGAUUUGGUUUGGUCCGAUCCCGAGGAUAUGGAAUACUGGGGCCAGAGUCCGCGCGGAGCUGGCUGGCUAUUUGGUCAUAAUGUUACCAAAGACUUUAUGGCAAUAAACAAUCUGGAUUUGAUUUGUCGGGCGCAUCAGCUGGUGAACGAGGGCAUUAAGUAUAUGUUUGAGGGAAAGCUGGUGACGGUGUGGUCGGCGCCAAACUAUUGCUAUCGAUGCGGCAACGUGGCGGCCAUCCUUAGCUUUGAGACGGCGCAACAGCGACAGACAAAGAUCUUUCUGGCGGUGCCGGAUGCCGAACGGGUGAUACCCAAACAGAAUACAACGCCCUAUUUCCUCUAAACCAUCACCGACGAUAACGUACUGUGAUACGAUGCCCCUCCCUCCCUUCUCCGCCCCCACCCCCCAAACACAAGGAGCGAUCCGCCCACAGUUUAGUUUUCCUUGGGAGAGAUAUAAAUAUUUACGCUUUUGGACCAGCAAGCUGUGAAGCAAGCCCUCGACUGAUCCACUUGUCUACCUUAAACGCCUUGGCACUCAACACACCAAUUACUUGCAGUCUACAUUAUUAAGAUCAACGUUUGUUUAAUCUUUUGUUAAUUGUUUUCAACAAAAAAAAAAAAAAAAAACACAAAGAAACAAAAAAAAAAGAAUGGAUUGAAGUUUAAGAAUAAUUAUAUACAAGUAUUGUAAUUGUAAUUAUAAACAAGUUUAAAACAAUGAACGAUGAUGAACGGAUGGCGGAGCAGCUAAAGCCCUUACAUAUUUUAUCAUAUUUUUUAUUCCAAAAAAACCUAUUUAUUUCUGUAAAUCAACACAAAUUAUAUAUUUUGUACAUUUUUUUGUAAGAAUGCCCCAAAAAAACAAAAGGAAGAAAAAAAAAACAACAUAGAAGACAAAACAAACGCUAAUCAAUGUGGUGGCACAAAGCAUGUAAACUAUGUUUAACCAAAAGUGUGAUCCCGAUCAAAAAAUACGAUUAAAAAUUACAAAACAGAAAGGCAAUAGCUUAUAUAACCUUGCAGUUAAAUGGCGGUAUAUAUGGUAUAAGAUAUAUAUUUUAAAUAUCGGAUAUAGUUGUACUGAUCUCUUCUGAUUCUGUUCUGUGGCUAUAAAACUCCGGAAAAGUGUCUCUUUGAGACUAAAGUUGUUAAUACCAGAUAGUAAUAGUUUUUUAAAAGAUAAGCAUUAUUUUUGCCCAAUUCCAGUCAUGGAAGGAGGAUCUUGAAACCUUUAAUUCAAUAUUUCAAAAUCUGCCAGGGUAAGGACAUCAAGAUUAUGAAAUUCUCGAAAAAUAUUCGAAAUUUCAAGAAAUGCAUUCGAUAGUUCUGAAAAAAUACUCUUCGAAUAAAUGUUCAGAUGAUCAGAACAAGUGUUCUGAAAUUCUAGAAAAAUAAAUACGAAAAAGUUCAAGAAUUGUUGAAACAAAGUAUUCUGAAAUACGCAGAAUUGGAAAAUAAAUUUUUAGUUCUUGAACUAAAGAAAUUGCGAAAAAAUUAUGAAGGAAAUAAUUCGGAAUUUUAAGAUAUAUUCAGUCGCUCCAAAUCUGAAAAUAUUCAUGUUUUUCCAUCGAAAUAUUUUGAAUUUUUAUCUUCGACGUAAAUGAGGAUCUUUUUGAAUUUGAAAUAUUUGAAAAUCUUUCUUAAGUAAUCGGUUAAAAAAAAGGAAUUUCCUGAAAAGGAUAUAUAAUAAAGGGAAUAUAUACAAUAUAUAACAAUAACAAGGGAAAAAUGAUAUAUUAGGAACAUGGUUAUAUCUACUCAGAAGAUGGAGCCGAUAUAUAGAGCAGAUACUAUCUGAGACUCAGAAGGUGGAGCCGAUAUAUAGAGUGGAUACUAUCUGUAUACUUUGGGGAGCAAUAACCCCCAUCCCUAAAAUAGUCCUGCGGCAAAGGAAAGAGGAGAGCAGUGUCCAAAGCCCAUGCCCCAUCUCUCUCACUUUCGCUUUAACCUUAAAAUAAUAUUCAUUAUCCGAUCCAUAUACCAUAUAGAUUUAAUUUCUUACAUAAAUAGUAUUUAUUUCGUUUCGCUUCCGUUCUUGAUUCAUUCAACAAUAAAUGUAUAUAUUUUCAUCUUUUGUGUAUUUUAAAUAUAUCAUCUGUUUGCUUGAUCCGUCAAAUAAUAUUUCAAUUAUGCUAGUAACCAAUUGAAAAACUACAAAAAAUAUCUAAUGACAAGAGUUUCUAAUUAUGAGGUUAACAAGUGUUCGGGGAUUGGGGGAUAAAUAUUAUUUUUCGAUAAUGCCUAUUUUUAAUGGCGCCCGGCCAUGCACAUUUUUCUUCAAAAAAAUAAAAUAAAUUCGAAAACUGUAUAUAAAAGCAAUAAUUUUGAUUGAAAAAAAUAAG